CACACACACAGAAGCCCGCACUAUAUAGCUUGAUAGUGAGCUCUGAGCCUUUUAAUCGGAGACGUGAACUCGCCGUGAAUCGUCCGAGAGGAGAGUGUGAUAAAGGUUCGAAAAACAAAAGGAGCAGACUAUGGUCGGCGUUGUGAAGACUUCAUCAAGACUUUCCUGAUCUUCUAAUUAACGUUCCUAAUAUUGUUUUCCCCCCUUUCUCCCUACAUCAUCCAUUCCGUUUAUUUUCACCUUUUUUUAUAUAUCAAGUUCCAUCAUCUUUUUCAUCAUCAUUUUGCAUCUGAAUGAGUUGAAGUGGAAAUGGGCGUUUUUAACAUACUAGGUUUUAAUUUAUUAAUAUUUAAGAAAAUUUAGGUUUAUAAUAGAUGUCCAGAUAACCUGGCUAUUUGAAGGUACGUUGAUUUGCUGUUUUCCGGAAAGUGUGAAAGAGUGAAAAAAGCGAAAAGUGUGUGUCUGAGGAUCUAUUAGUUGUAUAUUUAUCGUUAUAUACCUGUACAUGUGUAUAAUUAUAUACCUGUACAUGUGUAUAACUCUACUCUACACGUGUAUAAUAUCUUAUAUAAUUAUAUACCUCUACGAGUGUAUAAUCAUGUAACUCUACACGUGUAUAAUAUUUUGUAUAAUUAUAUACCUGUACGAGUGUAUAAUCGCGUACCUGUACAACUGAAUAAUAAUUUGCAUAAUUAUAUAUCAGUACAUAUGUAAAAUAUCAAUAAUAAGAAUACAGUAUAUCUACAUACCUAUCUAUCUAUAGCUUCAGCCUCCACCUCGCCCUAAUCUUAACACGAAUAUCAACCCUUUCCACAGAUUGGUGGAACAGCACAUCAGCUGACGAAAACUUUGACGUCGAUGGCUACCGAUCCGUCAGCGUUUAUCCGUACCCCGGUACCCGAUGCCCGAAAAUGACGUCACUAACAGGACCCGAGGGCAUCUGUCGGUCUCUUUGUCAGAGUGACGCCGACUGCUCUUAUUUGCAGUACUGUUGUCCGAACAGCUGUGGGAAAGUGUGUGUGGCUCCCCAGGUGUUUGAGCCCGAGGCCUGUGGCUGUUCGGUGUCAUUCCUGCCGCAGUGGAGCGACGAAUAUCCUGACGUUCGAUUUGCAAGGUUUCUAAAUUUCCUUUGGCGGGCCGUGAAGGACAGAUUUUCACCUUCAAUGGACGUGCACAUACUCGAUGAAACUUUCGAGACAACGAGACUCGGGCCUGUCGAGACCUUCUGCCAACUCGAGAAUCUCUUGCAAGGCGAACUUGUGAACAAACCAGUUGAUCUCUUUAAGGAACCUCGCAGGAAGUUAUUCAUCGUGGGCGGGGACCCCGAAUGGUUCGAAUACGUGGUCGACAUAGCGGCUGUGUCGGGAGCGUUCGAAUCCGUGUGCGCGAUUGUGGUCGGGGAAACGCAGUUGAAUGAGAGUGUCCAGAGCUCGUUCGUUUCCUCGGGUGAGUCUUGCGUGUGGCAGGUGGCUUCGUCUUCCCAGCUGAAUGACCUGCUGACAGAAGUACAAGCUGUUAUUGAUGAUGGUGGAGGUUGUGCGUGUCCUGGCGACGACGAGGAAGCCUCAAAGGGAUGUGCUGACGUAGGAGAAACUUGUAAAUACGACUCAGACUGCGGACUCCGACGAAUCUGCGAGGGCGGAGUGUGCCAAGAGCGGCCGUGUUUCCAAACUGAAAUCUUCCAAGAUUAUUACUUUGAAUAUUACGAUUACAAUUAUUACGGUUUCAUCGAUUAUGACUAUGAAUACUAUGAUUAUUACUAUGACCAAAUUAUCGAUUACGAGUCUUCUAUGCCGUUCUACCACGCCUAUGACUAUUACGUUCAGGAUAGUGCUGGGAAUAGUCGUUCUAUAAAGAAAAAAACUGGAGAUUUCAGUAAAUUUAAGAAAAGCGGUGUUAAGAGGAACGGUGUUAAGAAAUCGAAGGAAGAUGUUGCAAGAAAUGCAAGAUUGUCUUAUUAUCCUAGUGAAACGGGUUGCUGUUCGUUCAGUGAAUUCACCUGCAGCGGUUUUCCUACUCUCUGCGUUCCUGGGGACUUCGUGUGCGAUGCCGAUGCUGACUGUAUGAAUGGUGAAGACGACGGCCCCGAAGCCUGUCAGACACGUGUUUGUGGCGACGGGCACUUCCGCUGCGCCUCGGGGCAAUGCAUCGACGCCUGGGAUGAGUGCGACGGCUUCAAGGACUGCCUCGACGGAUCCGACGAGCACUGCCGAAACCACACCGACUGUCCUGCUGGCCGCCCUCACCUCUGCUCCUCCGGAGAAUGCAUCGUCUUCCGCUACAUAUGUGACGGGAUUUCCGACUGCUACAGCUCAGAGGACGAGCUUCCCUGCGAGUGCUUCGGGUUCAGGUGUUCUUCUGGACAAUGUCUCUCUGACACGAUGGAGUGCGACGGCAAAGUCGACUGCUUCGAUGGAUCUGACGAACUAUGCGGCCUUCCCGGCGGGGGCCCAUGUCCAGACGCGCGGCCCGUGUCUUGCGGCGACGGAAGCUGCAUUGCCGAAUCCAAAGUUUGCGAUUCGAUCGCUAACUGUCCCGAUGGAUCGGACGAAGAUGCCGAGGUCUGUUUUCCGGAGGAGUGCUUCCGCUGCACCUCCGGGGAGUGCGUCCAUCCGGAGUACCGAUGCGAUGGCCUCGACGACUGCAAGGACGGCUCGGAUGAAAAUGACUGCACAUCCUUCUCUUGCAGCGAUACUUCCUUCAAAUGCACGUCGACUGGCGAGUGCCUGGGCGCGGGGGUCGUUUGCGACGGAAGAGAGGACUGUCGAGAUGGAAGCGACGAAGCUGGCUGUGCCGAGGCCUCCUGUCCGGAAAACCAGCCUUUUAAGUGCUCGUCAGGAGAAUGCGUCAGCUAUGCACAACUCUGCGACGGCGAGUACAACUGCCAGGACCGGAGCGACGAGAGCAAGUGUCAAAAUAACAUCUGCCCUCCUUUCAGCAGGUUCAAGUGUACUUCGGGACAGUGCGUGAGGUUCUCUGACGCUCGUUGUGACGGCGCCAUCGACUGCAUUGACCGCAGCGACGAAGUGGGCUGCGAGUUCACUUGCUCACCAGACGAUUUCGAGUGCGCCGCAGGGGGUUGCAUAAGCAGGAGUCGCGUGUGCAACGGCCUGCGAGAAUGUCGAGAUGGAAGCGAUGAGAACGAAUGCGACUUUACAUUGCCGUGUUCGGAAGACUGGUUCCGAUGUAAGCAGUCUGGAGAGUGCGUCCACGAGAACUCUGUCUGCAACGGCGUCUUCAACUGCGCAGACGGAAGCGACGAGACCGACUGUCAAGAAGCCACGUGUCCAGAAGAUAGACCUUUUCAAUGCGGCUCAGGAGAAUGUGUCCUGGAAUCUUAUGCGUGCGACGGAUUCUUCGAUUGCAAAGACGGCAGCGACGAAGGCAACUGCAAGGAGUCCGAAGUUUGCGAUCGUGUUGAAAUGCUAUGUAAGAGCGGCCAAUGCAUCGGCAAAUGGCGUCGCUGCGACGGCGUCAGGGACUGCCUGGACGGGUAAGACGAAGAGGACUGCCAGGACUUCACGUGCGCCGCCUACCGCCCCUUCCGCUGCGGGUCGGGCGAGUGCCGACGCCCCUACUACCGCUGCGACGGUUUCUACCAAUGCCAGGACGGGAGCGACGAGGCGGGCUGCGCCACCUUCGCCUGCCCAGACCUCCGCCCCUUCAAGUGCGCUAACGGAGCCUGCAUCACGACCUACCAAGUGUGCAACGGUCUCGACGACUGCGGCGACGGCAGCGACGAACUCGGCUGCUAAGACUUCCAGUGCCCAGACGUCCCAGUGCCCGGGGCGGAACUGCGUACCAGCGGUCUUCGUGUGUGACGAAUACCCUGACUGUGACGCCGGGGACGAUGAACAGAAAUGCGAGGACCCGGAGCAGGACGCAAUUUAAAAACAUACGGGAUAAUGAUAAUUUUGAGUGUUAUAUCAAAGAGAUAGAAUAAGAUAUAUAUCAAAGAUAGAUAGGAUUAAGAAUUAUAUGCUUAA